AUGUUGGGACUGCUUUUUGUCGUGGUUGUGGUUUUUAUAGGUUUAUCURAUGGAUCUGRUGUGUUACCAGAUGGUCCUCUGAAUGCCUCUGUUGGAGGGACAGUAACGUUCAUGACAAACUUGAAUCCAACAGARAMAMCAUUUUCAUCRRUCCAGUGGKWYUUUGAUCCUGGUUCAGGACYUAAACUCAUAGUUUUAUCACWGACUACUGGAGACACACCUGGACCAGGAUAUGAAGACAGKUUSACUCUCUUCAGAUCUAAUGGAUCUUUGGAACUCAGGAAUCUAAAACUCAAUGACAGAGGAAAAUAUGAAGUUAGAAUUGUAGAUGGAGKGWCCCWAAAAAWCGGAAAAACCACACUGGAUGUUUAUGAACCAGUGUCCAAUGUCAGACUCUCUCCACUAAGUGCCGACUUGAUUGAGUUCAACAGCUCAGUCAGUCUGUCCUGCUCCUCCUCUGGAUCUUCUCUCUACUUCCUCUGGAUGAACAGCAGCUCUGAGGUURCAGUCAGUGACAGAGUUCAGAUCAACAAAAAAGACAGAAACUCCACUCUGACUAUAGCCAAUGUGACCAGAUAUGACCAGGGAUCAUACACAUGUCGUGUGUCUAAUCCUGUCAGUUUCAUCAUCAGUGACCCAGUAAACAUCUCUGUUUAUUAUGGGCCAGAAAAAGUCAGCUUAGGACCGCCUUCUCAGAAAUAUCCAGAAGGUUUGAACAUCCGUCUGUCUUGUUCAUCUGACUCCAGACCUGAUGCCACUUUUCAGUGGUUCUUUAAUGGAAACGUUCUGCCUGGUUCUGGAUCUCAGCUCGAACUCCUCAAUGUUCAGAAGAAUCAGAGUGGAAACUACAGCUGUCAGGCCUUUAACAGCAGAACCUCAAGAAAUCAAACAUCUCAAAUUUUAGUUAUCUCUAUCGAGGGUACCUCUACAGAAGAAAGAGACCCAUUACCACCUGGAGCCAUUGCAGGGAUUGUAAUUGCUUGUGUAAUAUGCGUUUCUUUAAUUGUUCUUGGAGUGUACUUCAUACUUAAAAAAAAGUAAGUGGAAAAAAGCUCUGAA